AUGACUCAAGAUUUCUCUGAGCAGCCCACUCUUGACGGUGUUGGAGAUGACCACACUCGUGAUAUGCCUGCUUCUACCAAGGAAGAAGUUAAGAUCGAUGGUAAAGAGAUUGUUGCCGAGGAGAGCGAGAUCAGCAUCGCCGAUGCUGUGAUCAAAACUGGCGCCGAUGCCGCGCAGCACUUGCUGCCUUUGCGGGAUGACUUCGAUCCCGUGAUUUCCCUUCGCAGUAUUGUCCUUGCAUCUGCGGUGUCUGGAUUUCAGGCAGUGAUGAACCAGAUCUACAGUUUCAAGCCGACUUCCGUCGAUAUCUCAGGCACAUUUAUCGUCCUCAUCUCGUACUUUUUGGGUAACGCGUGGGCCAAGUUCCUUCCCCGUGGUGACAAAUUUGAAACUCGCUGGCGGGAGAAGCAUGGCCCGGCUAAGCUUCCGUGGUGGAUCUCAGCUCUCAAGGUCAUGAACAAUGGCCCGUGGAGUCUGAAGGAACACUCUAUUUGUGCUAUCACGGCUACUUCAGCAUCCAACGCUGCGGUGACGUCUAGCGUCUUUGCAGCCCAGAAUCUCUUCUACGACAUGCCUCUGAGCGCCUUGACGUACUAUCUCAAUUGGACUUUUUGGUUAUGGGAUCUGCGGGAUUAUGCGGCCUAUCGCUGUCUGGCACGUGGAAUCUGUGUAUUGGAGUACUUGCCAACAGUCAAGACUCUUCAAGGUCUCCAUUGGCAAGAAGUGAAGUAUUCCAAGCCGCUUCGAUUCUUCUGGUAUGCCUUCUCCAGCAUGACUAUCUAUGAGUUUCUGCCAGCCUAUAUCUUUCCAUGGCUGAAUUCGGUCUCUAUCCCGAGUUGGUCGUGCCUUGCUGCCCAGAAAGCGACAGGUAGCAAGGCAGCUGUGCUCACAAACCACUUCGGUGGUGCCACAAACAACGAAGGCCUCGGGCUCUUCUCGCUAUGCUUGGACUUGCAAUUUAUAACAAGUAGUCAGACUUCCAUGCCUCUCAAAUUCCAAUUACACCAAGCUGUGGGGGUCUUCACCUGUUUUAUCAUCAUGCUCGCCAUUUACUAUGGAAAUGGCUGGGGUGCGAAGUCGCAGCCCUUCAUGUCUACUGUUUUCCACACAGCUGAAGGGAAAAGAUAUCCCACAAGCAAACUAUUUCCAGGAGAUUGGUGCUCUAAUUUCUGGGGCAAGGAAGUCAGGCAAGCUUACAAAAGCGCAAAGGAAGGUCGAUAUGACGACCGGCAUCAUCAGCAUAUGGCAGCACACUAUAAAGAAACCUCAUGGUGGUGGUAUGUCUUGGUGCUCAUCGGCAGCUUCGUCCUCGGUCUUGUCGUAGUUCUCAGGGAGAAUGUCACUCUUCCGGCGUGGGCAUAUGUGGUGGCUCUGCUAGUAGGAAGUAUCAUUUCACCUUUUAGCACCGUUCUUUUCGCCCGCUAUGGCAAUGGCAUUGCUACCAACAAUAUUUCCAAAAUGAUUGCCGGUCUCACCGUCCCGGGACGUCCAGUUGGGAACAUGUACUUUGCUGCGUGGUCCCACAAUGUGAUCCAAAAUGCGGUUAAUCUAUCUAACGAUCUGAAACUAUGGGAAUAUCUCAAGAUUCCCCCUCGGGCCUUGUUUCUGACUCAAAUCUAUGGCACGAUUCUCAGCGGCUUCAUCAACUAUGCGAUCAUGAUCUCAAUCAUUGCUGGCAAUCGGGCUCUCCUUGCUGAGGGAAACGGCAAUUCCUCCUGGAGUGGUGCAACUUUGCAGGCAUACAACACCAACGCAGCGUCGUGGGCACUGGCACCUUAUCUUUACAAAAUCGGCUCAAAGUAUGAGAUUGUGCCUCUGGGUUUGCUGGUCGGUGCAGGCGUCGUCUCUCCACAUCGCCUUUUCUACUACUUCAUCCCGAAGAUCAGCCGUCUCGAUAUCUCCGAGAUCAACAUGCCACAGUUUCUUCAAUAUGCGGGCUACAUUCCAUACAACCAGAGCCAGACCUGCGUCCUCUUCAGCCAGAUCCUCGGCGGAUUUUACGUCCAGUGGUACCUCCGGAACUAUCGCCCGCGCAUCUUCAAGGACUACUCGUAUCUUAUCACUGGGGCGUUUGACGGUGCUAGUCUGACGGUUCUGUUCAUACUUUCCUUUGCGGUAUUUGGGGCUGGUGGGCCGUCUCAUCCGUUCCCUGCCUGGUGGGGAAAUAACAUCAAGGGGAACUAUGACUGGUGCUCUGUGGCCGAUGAGUGA